CAAUCUCUUCCCAUUAUCUUAUCAAACCAACGGUGGGCGAACGCAGUGCUCUGGCAUUGGAGCGAACCGCAACCAUGAACGGUACACCAAACAGCCCAGUAUCACAGGCGUUGAGUGCGAGUGACACAAAGUCUGAGCAUAAUGUUUCUGGACUGCGGCGUGUCAGAGGUAGUAUACCAUGGCAGCUUUGGAUCGUUGCUAUCAUUGGAUUCUGGGAGAGGGCAGCUUUCUGGGGACUCACAGCCCCCUGGCAAAACUACAUGGAACAUCCCCGGCAUCACGAUAUGGAGCAUACCCCUGGUGCGCUUAAUCUUGGCCAGACAACAGCAACACGCAUUUACUGUGGAUUUUUCAUAGUCUACUUCACAAGUCCCGUGUUCAUAGCGCCGUUGGCAGACAAUCAUCUGGGCCAAUACAAAACUUUGCUGAUCAGCUUGACAGUAUAUGCCCUGGGAUGCCUUGCACUGGUCGUCAGCUCGCUACCCUCCAUGCUUGACCGAGGUGCGGGUCUGCCUGGUUUGAUCAUUGCAAUGGUCCUGAUAGCCCUUGGUGGGGGUGGUACCCAGGCCAUCAUGAGGUCUUUCAUCGCCAACCAGUACACAGAUAGAGCUCCUCGGGAAAUGACGCUUUGCGGAACGCAGAACCGCUUGCUUAGAUGGCUGAGGAGACACGUGGCGCGAACAUGUCUUUCGAAGUACUUACCAGCAUCGUCGAAAGGCGAACGGGUCGUCGUUGACAGCGCAAUCACUCUCAAGUUCAUUUACAAUCUAUACUUCUGGAUUGGUAACAUAGGAGCUUUGUCGGCAUUUCCAUGUGUCUACAUUGAGAGGCACCAUGACUUCGCUCCUUCGUAUGCGCUGGGUCUUGGCUGUAUCAUCAUCGCCCUUGGGAUGCUGGUCUUCGCAAGGAAGUAUAUCACAGUCAAUCCACCUCAGGAGGCAGAUGUCAUUGUACCCGCUGCGAAAGUUCUCAGCUGCGCCGUGCGCAACGGGUGCCGGAUGGACCGCGCAGACCCUUCGUACCAGCGCAUGGAGAAAUUCAAGGAGGUUCCAUGGAGUAGCCAGUUUGUCGAUGAGCUGACACGUGUGUUAGGCGCUUGUCGCGUGCUCCUGGCAUUCAUCGUCUUCUACAUCUGCUUCGACCAAAUGCAGAACAACUUAAUUUCUCAAGCGAGCGAUAUGGAGACUGGUAGUACACCCAACGAUGUUCUGCCCGGCAUGAAUCAAGUGGCUUGCAUUAUAGUCAGUCCGUUUGUGGAGUACGUCCUCAACCCCAUUCUGGCCAAGCGGCGCAUAUAUCUGAAGCCAGUCACUCGCAUUGCCAUUGGCUUUUGCUUCGUCGUACUCUCGAUGCUGCACGCAACUCUAGUGCAGCAUUAUAUCUACACAUCCCCGCCCUGCUUCGACCGCCUAACAGACUGCGGAGACCGCCAAUCUGUCGCACAAGACCGGCCUAAUGUCUGGGUACAAGCGCCGCUUUAUUUUCUUAUCGCGACGGGCGAGGUUUUCGCCAUGACGACAGCCAUGGAAUACGCAGAGAAGCACGCGCUCAAGGAGAUGAAAGUUCUCGUACAGGCUAUCAACAUGCUCAUCACGGGUAUAGGCUCUGCUAUCGCGCUAGUCAUCGCGGAAGGGGCGCGGGAUCCAUACCUCACUCGAUUCUACGGCAGUCUUGCAGGAGCCAUGGCCCUCACAACCAUCAUUUUUUACGUCAUGUUCCGCAACAAAGACAAUGACAACGUUGCCUCAUCGCUACAUGGUCCCACAGACGUGGAAAAGGGAAAGAGAGACGUCACCUCUACACCAACCUUGACAGCUUCGCCGUUUCGAUCACGCGAAUCCUACCUGAGCGUUCCUACCACGGGUAGAGACAAGGGCAUUGAGUUAAGAGUUAUUCCACCUUGCCGACUACGACAAUAAGUGAGCGACAAAUUACCACUGUACCAUAAUCAGGCGACGAAGCAUACAUUGCCCAAAAAUUGCGUAUUGGGUAGCACUAAGUAACGCGACGUGUCGUUACGAUUGUAUAUAAGUAAGUACAGUGGUGGCUCGGAUGAGGAUACAAGCAUAGCAAAUAUGCGAUGAGGAUGUUGCUGUGGAACGCCAGCCAAGGUUGGAUUCCAGGCAACCAUUGCGUCCCUAAGAUUACAUGAAGCCAUUGACAUGGACAUCUUUGCUUUGCUUACACUCGGCGGCUCAAUGGGUCAGGCACGGAAUAACGGCAUCGGCUGUGUAGUCUAAAGGAUGUCUGUUCUGAUCUUACGCGGUUCGUUUGAAUGUGCCUAUCUGCCGUUUAGAAUGAAG